AUGGUGGCAGUGACAUAAGAAACCAGCUGAUGAAUAGUUCCACUGAGAACUUCAGUGCAGUGAUGGAGAACAUCAAAGCUUUUCUCUGAAGUGUUACACCUGAAUUCAGACAGUGCUGAGGACCUCAGGCAGAUUCAACAGGGAACACAAGGAAAUCUGAAGGAAGACAGCACAGUUUGUUUUGGCAGCCCCGGGUGUCUGAUGUGACUACCGCUGCGUCCCAGCAGGGACUGGACCUAGUGGUGCCCCCCCAUCCUCAACCCUGAUUCUGCUGACAGGGCCCAACCCACCAUGCUGAGAUAAUGCCAUUCCAGAGGGAUCGUGGCUAAAGCCUCUCUUUCUGGCUCUCAGCCAAAGUAGACCAGACUGUCUUCAGUUGCUAUGGAUAUUGCCAUCCAGCACCCCUGGUUCAGACGUGCCCUGGGCUCCGUCUACCCUGCCAGACUCUUUGACCAGUUUUUUGGAGAGGGCAUGUUUGAUUACGACCUCUUCCCUUACGCCGCCUCCACCAUCAGCCCCUAUUACAGACAGUCACUCUUCCGCAACGUUUUGGAUUUUUCCAACUCUGGGAUCUCAGAGGUGAGAUCUGACAGGGAUAAGUUCACAGUCUACUUGGACGUCAAGCACUUCUCUCCCGAUGAGCUCUGUGUGAAAGUCACGGACGACUAUGUGGAGAUCCAGGGCAAGCAUGGAGAAAGACAGGACGACCACGGUUACAUCUCCCGUGAGUUUCAUCGCCGUUACCGCCUCCCCUCUAGCGUUGACCAAUCAUCCAUCACCUGCACCUUGUCAGCUGACGGUCUGCUGACUCUGACCGGACCAAAGGUCAGCGGGGGGAGCGAGUCUGGCCGCAGUGAGCGCAGUAUCCCCGUGACUCGUGACGAUAAGCCCAACGCUGCCGCCUCCUCCUAGAGGCCGAGUGCUGGUGGGUGACCCGGGGUACUGAAGGAGCUCAGCCCCGUGAAUAACCAGCAUCAACUGGGAUGGACGACUCCGGAAUUCUUCUUCCCCCCUUUCCUUAGAGGAUAUCUGUGUCUUCCCUGCUUCUCUUUCUAUAGUUACUUCUUAACUCAUUAGUAUCAUUGUUUAAAGUAUAACAAAAAUCGGCCCGCCAAGGCAGUCGAGCAAGAGGUGGCUGGAGUUUUUAAAGAGAGAAGUCAUCUGGAGACAUUCACAUGGCCCAGCAUGUUUCAGAGCAGUACUCUGACAGGCUGGCUUUAAGCUUGAAACAAAAAUGUCUCGCAUGUUCUGUACCACAUAUUAAAAUCGCAGAGGAGCCCUGGUUUCUCCCAUUCAUGUUCUUCCUCUGAAGCCUUUGUCUCACAUAUAUCCUGUACUGAAGUCUAAGCUUUGUUCAGUGGAUAUCUGCUCACUAUUCAAGUCCAUACUAAAGAAGCAA